CCUAAAAAUGCCAAUUCAUUUCUGAUAAAUAUACGAAUGGUUACCGGUGACCGACAAAAGCUUGGCUUAGGUAUCAGAAACUCAAAGACCAACCAGGGUUUUCUCUCUCUUAACUAAGCCCCAAAAGAAUUGCACAUGAUAAAAGUAAAAAAGAAAAGAAAAAAAUUAGCCGUUCUCUCGCACUCUGUCUCUCUUUCUCUCUCUCUCUCUGCCUCUGUGUGUCACUCUUUAGAGGUCCUGGUUUCUUCUUCUUCUUCUUCUUUCUCUUUCUGAUAAUGUAAAAAAAACGCAGAGAAAAAAAAUCGGCUUUAAAUCCGUUAAUACACAUUUUAAAAAGUAUUGGAAAUGGCUUUCUGGAGCUUUUUGACUGUGCUUAUUAUUCACAUUUGUGUAUUUGUGAGCUUCUGUUUUGCUGCGGAUCCGUUUGUCAACUACAAUUUCGAGGUUUCUUACAUUACUGCUUCACCACUGGGUGUUCCUCAACAGGUUAUUGCCAUUAAUGGGCAAUUUCCAGGUCCUACUAUUAAUGUGACUACUAACAACAAUGUUGCUGUCAAUGUUCGGAACAAAUUGGAUGAGAAUCUCCUCAUUACUUGGGCGGGAAUUCAGCAACGACGAAGUUCAUGGCAAGAUGGAGUUCUUGGUACCAACUGUCCAAUUCCGCCGAAGUGGAACUGGACGUAUAAUUUUCAGGUUAAGGACCAGAUUGGAAGCUUCUUCUACUUUCCGUCUCUCAAUUUUCAGAGAGCGGCUGGUGGAUUUGGUGGCUUUAUUAUAAACAACCGUGCCAUUAUUCCUAUUCCAUUUGACACUCCAGCUGGGGAUAUAACAAUUUUGAUUGGUGAUUGGUACACUAGGAACCAUACGGCUUUGAGGAAGACCCUUGAUGCUGGAAAAGAUCUUGGGAUGCCAGAUGGAGUUCUUAUUAAUGGAAAGGGUCCUUAUAGAUACAACGAUACUCUUGUCCCAGAUGGCAUUGAUUAUACAACAUUUGAUGUACACCCAGGAAGAACUUAUCGUAUCCGUGUUCAUAAUGUUGGAAUAUCAACCAGUCUGAAUUUCAGGAUCCAAAACCACAAUCUGCUUCUAGCAGAGUCAGAGGGAUCAUAUACAGUGCAACAAAAUUAUACUAGCUUAGAUAUACACGUUGGGCAAUCCUAUUCCUUUUUGGUAACAAUGGAUCAGAAUGCAAGUAGUGAUUACUACGUGGUAGCUAGUGCUAGAUUUGUGAAUGAAUCAGUUUGGAAAAGGGUUACUGGUGUUGCCAUCUUACACUAUUCAAAUUCCAAAGGAAAGGCAGCUGGCCCCCUCCCUGAAGCGCCAAAUGAUGAGUUUGACAAAACCUUCUCAAUGAACCAGGCGAGGUCUAUCAGAUGGAAUGUAUCAGCAAGUGGUGCACGACCUAAUCCGCAAGGGUCUUUUAGAUAUGGUUCAAUCAAUGUGACUGAUGUCUAUGUGUUAAAAAACAAGCCACCAGUGGUGAUUAAUGGGAAACGACGAGCAACUCUUAGUGGGAUCUCAUUUGUCAAUCCUUCCACACCAAUCAGGCUUGCUGACUGGUAUAAAGUGAAGGGAGUAUAUAAGCUUGAUUUUCCUACUAGGCCACUUACAGGUCCACCUCGGAUGGGAACAUCAGUGAUUAAUGGAACUUUUAGGGGAUUUAUGGAAGUCAUACUACAGAACAAUGAGACCAAGAUGCAGAGCUAUCACAUGGAUGGAUAUGCUUUUUUCGUUGUGGGGAUGGAUUAUGGUGAGUGGACGGAGAAUAGCAGGGGCACAUAUAAUAAGUGGGAUGGAAUAGCUCGCACCACGACACAGGUUUAUCCUGGAGCAUGGACAGCGAUUUUGAUAUCUCUUGACAAUGUUGGCGUCUGGAACCUCAGAACUGAAAACCUUGACUCUUGGUAUCUUGGCCAAGAAACAUAUGUUAGGGUUGUAAAUCCCGAAGCUACCAACAAGACCGAGUUGCCCAUACCAGAUAAUGCCCUCUUUUGCGGCGCUCUCAGCAAAUUGCAGAAGCCACAGCAUAUUACUUCAUUUGGAACACCAAUCACAGGCAAUAUAUCAAAGUUGUUCACUCUGCUGAUGAUCAUUUGUGCUGCGAUUCCCAUUAUCUACUAGAAGGUUUUUACCCUUUUUUAUUUAUUAAUUUAUUUUUUUCUUGGAGUUUCUCCUCAAAUGUUCUGUCAUAUCCUUCCUGGGUUGUUAGUGAGGUUUGUGAUUGUGUGUGUGUUUAGGUCUUUGUAAGUUUAGCCUUGUUGAUAAGAAUGUUCAGUGAUUUUGACAUGCAUUCUUUUCUCUGUCAAAGUUGUUCCAAAUAGUCCCCGGCUUCCCCGGUUUAAUUUAUUGGGUUUUCUAUCAUUCUUUUAUUACCUAUAACUUCUGUACUAAUGACAAUUCAUCAUCAAUUAAAUACAAUGCAUCUUUCCUAGA